GUGGGCCACAAACAGAGAACAGAGAAGGACCAGGCUUAGACACAUCCGACCAACUACUCAACUACUACUCAGUCAGAAAGGUGAUCAUAAGUAAGUUAAUACAGUCAGCAAAAGUAAAUUAGAAUCCUAGAUAUUACAAUAAGAGGUCAGACAGACAGACUGCAGUUAGUUAAGAUGGUUGACUAUGUCAAUAAACAGGUUAUUGAAUUAAACAAGGUUAUUGAAGGAAACGAGAACAGAGCAACGAGGAGAGUAAAGACUGAGACCCAUCUCUCAGAUGGAAGAACAAGACUCUACAGGCUGGCUGCUGUGUGUUUUGGGAUGAUGUGUAUUCUACAAGUCAUUCUCAACAUCUCCCUAAAGCUAGCUUUCUGUACCGGAAGAGUGGUGGAACAGAGGGACAUGGGGGUCCCAACAAGGACUCUGUUCGGGUGUAUUGAAGGAUGGAGGCUGUCAGGAUCCAGCUGUUACUUCCUGUCUACUGAGAGGAAAACCUGGGAGGAGAGCAGACAGAGAGGAGCAGACCUGGUGGUUGUAAACAGCAGAGAUGAACAGAAAUUCCUCACUGGAUUAAACAGGAAUAUUGAUAGUGUUUGGAUCGGUCUGACUGAUAGAGAGACAGAGGGGAUCUGGAAAUGGGUGGAUGGUACACCACUGGCCACAAGGUACUGGGGGCGUAACCAGCCUGAUAAUGGUGCUGUUUUUGUAGUACACAUAGGAGAGGAGGACUGUGUUGAGAUUAAUUAUGGGUAUACUGACCCUGUAAAUAAAUGGAAUGACAUAGCAUGUAACUCUCAAUUUAACUGGAUUUGUGAAAGGGUGAUAUAACAAACAAUAGCUUAUUAUGUACAGUAGCAUUGCUUGUAGGUCUCUCUCUCUCUCUUUCGCUCACUCUUAUUUAUGGUUAGGGUUAGGCAUAAUAAGAUUAGCAGUGUGGUUAGGGUUAGGUUUACAGAUUUGAAGAAGAUACAUUUUAGAAAUAGGCAGGGUUUCUGACUUUGCAAUUAGGCCAGAUAGUGGUAUUACAGACUUGCCUAUGGGCUCUUUCUCAACUCACCUUUCCUUGAUUCCUCCUCACAUCCACUCUCCUCCUCUCCUCAAAACACAUUGGAGAAUACAAUCCGAGGGGAGGGACCUUGGGCCUCCUCUUAUAGAGUUGAGGGUGAGGAGAAAAGGAGAGGAGAUUAAAUAAAACAUUUUAAAAAACGUGGAGUAGACGUUGAGAUUAUGUCUGUGCCCAGUGGGACUGUACUCUGUAAAAUGCUUGUAUUAAUUGAUUUUAUUAGGAACGUGUCAUUCCAUAGGCUUAGGCACAGAAAGUAAAGUAAUAAAGGAGCAAUGUCCUA